CACCUAACCCCUUGGCAAUCGCAGCAGUCCGUGCCCUGUAUAGUCACUGCUGCACCGAGAAUGAUACCGAGAGAAGUUUGGAUUUUGGCUCGGGGCUGGCGGUCCUGCCCCAGAUUGGCUUGUGGCCAAACCUUAAGGCUGAUUUGCAGCAGCAGCAGAUCAUGAAGCAAAAUCCUGGAGGAGCAAAGCGAUGGCAGGGCAGGGAAAUCAGGGGACUUGCAGCUCUCCGGCAUUAGUCUCUUAGCCCUCCUGGAUACGAUCCAACAACAUCCGAAAAACAACAAAGGGACAUCUCCAAGGAACUGUACAACUGCGUGCCAUUUGGAAAUGUCCACGAGGAGCAGGAGAAGGAUCGUCGGCAUGAGUCCGAAGGAAGAUCUGUGCUCAAUCAGAAGGACAAGGGCGGACGGACAACAGCUGCAGGCCUAUGUGGCCUGGGUGAAUUCCCAGCUGAAGAAGAAGCCGGCGGUCAAGCCCGUGCAGGACCUGAGGCAGGAUCUCCGCGAUGGGGUCGUCCUGGCUUCGCUUGUCGAAAUCGUGGCGGGAGAGAAGCUGAGCGGCAUACAGGUCAGUCCCACGAACCAGCAGGAAAUGAAGGAGAACGUGGAGAAAGUCCUGCAGUUCGUGGCGUCGAAAAAGAUCCGUAUGCACCAGACGUCGGCCAAAGACAUUGUCGACGGGAACCUGAAAUGCAUCAUGAGGUUGAUCCUUGCCUUAGCUGCUCAUUUUAAGCCCGGGUCUAGCAAAGCCACCAACCAGGCUGCGUCGAGCGCCAUCGGAAGGAGUUCCAUGGGGCCAGAGGCGCCAUCAUCCAAUCACCGUCCCCAUUCGACUGCUGCAGUUGCUCAGGGGGCUAUGGCUGCCUUGGCCGACGUUCGGCAGGACGUCUUACGUUUGGGACGCGACGCCUUCCGGCGCAGGCGGAGGAACAGCAGCCUGGAUGAAGAAAUUGAGCAUCCGUACUGGAGCGUCCGAGCGUUGGUCCAGCAAUAUGAGGGGCAGCAAAGCGUGCCUUCAGAAUCCCUCUCCUCCAGCCUCACGUCUCCCAGCCCUAUAAACAGCACAAAGAGUGAGUCCAGCGCCACUCCAUCAGAGGAGAAGGUGGGGUACGACGCUGUUCGUGAAGAAGAUGACGACGCGGACACCAGGACAGAUGAGACUGGCUCUUUCUUCCCCGCCGAGUGGCAGGCGAGGUGUCCUGCAGCCAGUUUGGAGACUUCAUGGGAGGAGCAGCUCCUGGAGCAGCAGGACCACCUGGAAAAAGAGAUGGAAGAAGCCAAGAAGAUGAUCUCUGGCCUGCAGGCUUUGCUGCUGAACGGGUCGCUACCUGAGGAUGAGCAAGAGCGUCUGUUUGCCCUUUCCGAACAGGAGGGUUGCCCCGAAGAGCAGCUGGUUAUCACCAGGAGCCGCCUGGAUCAGAGCGUGAAGGAGAACCAGGAACUAAAGAAGGAGUUGCAGAAGCAGAAACAGGAAACGCGGAGCCUGCAAGGCGUCAAGGAGGCCUUGCAACAACGCCUGGCCCAGCAGGAAGCGCUCAUCCUCCAGAUCAAGCAGGAGCUGCUGAGAGCAAACAUGGACAAGGAAGAGCUGCACAGCCAAAACGUCGAACUUCAGAGGAAGGUGGAAGACAGGAAUCGGCUCCUGGCAGAAUAUAAGAAGGAGCUGGGCCAGAAGGACCGCCACCUGCACCAGCACCAGGCCAAGAUGGAGGAGAUGCUGCGCCAGCUGUCCGAGGCCAGCUAUCAGCAGGCGGAGCUGGAGCGAGAGCUGGAGCACAAGGAAGCCCUGCUGGCUCAGUGCGUGAAGAAAGAUGCAGAGGAGGUAAUCGCCUACAGCAACCACAGUUCUCAGAGCAAUGGCUUCCUCCAGACAUCAGGAAAAGCAGCAGCUUCCACGGCUCACAGAGGCACAAACGACCUCCAGCUGGUCCGCGAGGCCCUGCGCAGUUUGCGGAACAGCUUCAGUGGCCACGAUCCCCAGCACCACACCAUCGACAGCCUGGAGCAGGGCAUCUCCAGCUUGAUGGAGAGGCUGCACCGCAUGGAGAUGCAGAAGAGGCAGGAGAGGAGGGUCCGAGGGAAGUCCCCAGCCCCGCAUGUCACCAACGAAUACCGGGACGCCUGGCCCUCCAACUCCAAGCUGCCUCAUUCGCACAGCACCCCGGCCAUGAGCAGCAGUGCCUGCACCAAAGUGCUCUACUUCACAGACCGCUCCCUCACUCCUUUCAUGGUCAACAUACCAAAGAGGUUGGGUGAGGUGACGCUGGGGGACUUCAAGGCAGCUAUUGACCGAGAAGGAACACACCGGUACCAUUUCAAAGCCCUGGAUCCAGAGUUUGGCACAGUCAAAGAGGAGGUUUUCCACGACGACGACAUUAUUCCUGGGUGGGAGGGGAAGAUUGUGGCCUGGGUGGAAGAGGACCACGGGGAGAACUAGGCAGAUUCACGGCCUCUCUCUUUGUCGCGAAACGCCACCGCCGUCUCUUGUUGCGCUUGCCAGAAACUGACCCGAGAAGCAUGUGAACGGAGACGCAUCUGACUCGUAACUGCCAAAAGUUUGCAAAACUUCCGACGGGUGUAAAGGUCUGCCGCAUACGAGGAUGGCUGACGUUCCCAUUUCAUGGCCAAAAGUUGUACAUUUCACAAAAAACGGGGUGGGAACGAACCACCUCUCUGUGUUAAGUCCAUGUCGGCCUUAAGUCCGUGUCCCCUCAACCUUCUCAGUCCUGUCGAUGGUCAUGGUGACCCAGAGGACUGUCGUUGGAGGCGUCCAGUAUUAGGAGGGACACUGAAUGGCCCAAACUGGAAGCUGUGACCACGUUCUCUGUAUCUGCAUCUCAUUCCAAAUGACUCCCUUUUCUGCAGCAAAAGCCCGUUCUGGUCUGUCGUCGUCCGGAAUCUGGAGAAGGACAAGUGAAAUGGACAUGGAUGGACGACCCAGCGCGUCGGGAUGGUUGCUUUUGCUUUUCUUGAAGGACUUCCAUGAUUUUGAUUUGUUAUGUUUUGGAAUACAUGCCAGGAAGAUCCUUUGCCCUUUUCUCAAAAACAUUCCCAUAUUUGUCCUUUUUUGGGUGCCUCCACACCAGGCAUGAGCAAACUUCGGCCCUCCAGGUGUUUUGGACUACAACUCCCACAAUUCCUAACAGCCGGUAGGCUGUUAGGAAUUGUGGGAGUUGAAGUCCAAAACACCUGGAGGGCCCAAGCUUGCCCAUGCCUGAUCUACACUAUAGAAUGAAUGUGGUUUGACACCACUGGCUCUUGAAUCGUGUGAGUUGUAUGAUGUUUUUUAGCCUUCUCUGCCAAAGUAAGGCCACAGCAGCAUCUGUUAUAGAAUUACAAUAUGUUGACGAUAUCAUACUCUGUGCUCAUUCAGAGGAGGGCUUACAAGCUGCUUUGCAGAAGUAUAUGGAAAGCUUGGCCUCUCACUGAACAUCGGACACAGUGUUGGCGCCCCACCAAAGUACAAUUAGAGUGGUGUCAAACCGAAUUAAAUCUGCAGUGUAGAUGCACCCCUUGUGUCACAGCCUAGACUUGUGUGUAUUGAUGCACCAGCAUUCUGGAUGUCCCAUGUGAGACUGCAAACUUCGAUGGAAAACAUGAUUUCUAUCAUUUUAUAGA